AUGAAGCCAGCACUGUUGAAUCUGAUUCAGAACAAUCAAUUUGCGGGUCUUGAUCAUGAGGACCCAUAUCUGCAUCUUCAUACUUUUAUUGAGCUUUGUGGCACAGUGAAGAUACAUCAAGUUCCUGAAGAGGUGAUUCGAAUGAAGUUGUUUCCUUUCUCACUACUUGGGAAAGCUAAGAUGUGGCUCAAUGCUCUACCACAUCAAAGCUUAACCAGGUGGUCUGACAUAGAGACAAAGUUCUUGGCAAGAUUCUUCCCUCUUGCUAAGAUAAAUCAAGCAAAAAGUGAGAUUGUCACAUUCUCUCAAAAGCAAGAUGAACUUCUUUCCGAGGCUUGGGAGAGAUACAAAUCCUUGUUGAGGAGAUGUCCAAGUCAUGGAUUUGAUGACCUUACUCAGGUUAACAUUUUUCUAGGAGGAUUGCAGCCACGGGUGAAAAUUUUAUUGGAUUCCUCAGUUGGAGGUAGUAUGCGUUUUAAAACACCGGAUGAGGCUAUAGAGUUGAUUGAUGCUAUGGCAGCAAAUGAUUAUGAUUUGCCAGCUGAAAGGGAGUCAAGACAGAAAAGAGGAAUUUUAGAGUUGGGAUCUCACGAUGCUUUAUUAGCUCAAAAUAAGCUCUUGUCCCAGCAAAUUGAGGCUCUUACCAAGCAUGUUGCUCGGAUUCCACAACAACUACAAUCCACUCAACAUCAAGUUCUAAGUUGUGAUCUUUGUGGGUUGAAUCAUCCUCACGGGCAGUGCAUUGAUACUUUCCCAUCUCAUGGAGAAGAGGUGAAUUACAUGGGGAAUCAAGCUCGACAAGGAGGAAAUUAUGGUGGUAAUUAUGGGAAGAAUUGGCAAUCACACCCUAGCACAGGGUGGAACUAG